GAGUGCUAGUGACAGUUAAGACAGAAGUCGCCGGACACCUGUUUGUAAAUAAAACCUCUGUCGACGAGAUUAUUCAAAAGUAUUCAAAACCAGUGCUCAGUCAUCUCAGCGGUGUAAUCUUUUUUCCACGCGAAAUAGAAACGGCGAUUGACGAGGCCGAAGUGCAGACAUCGGUUGCACAUUGCAGCUUUGCUACAUUGCAGCAAAAUAAACCUGAAAUGAAUAUGGAUUUGUAUGCAACUGCAGAAGCAUCCCAAUCCGAUGCUUUACCAUUUCCAGUUUUACUUGAGCCGGAUCAAGAAUAUUUACCCACUGCAGCUAUGCCAGUAGGUAAAGAUGAGAACUACUAUAAUAUGGAUCACAAAAAUCGUGGCAAAUGCAUAAUCUUCAAUCAUGAGGAAUUUGUUUCACCCAAGUUCCCUGAACGAGAGGGUUCGGCAUACGACACGUUAAGACUACGAACAACUUUUCAGUAUCUCGACUUUGACGUUAAAAUACAUACAGAUUUGACAAAAAAUCAAAUUACGGAUGUUAUUGAAGAAGUGAGACAGUUAGAUCAUACGGAUAAUGAUUGUCUUUGUAUCAUCGUUCUAACUCACGGAUUAGACGACGACAUGCUAGUUGCGAAGGAUAAAAAAUACAAAUCCGAUAUGCUUUGGAAGCCUUUCACUGCCGAUAAAUGUGUUACACUUGCGGGAAAACCUAAAUUAUUCUUCAUCCAGGCUUGCAGAGGUAAUAAACUCGACCGCGGCAUUAUGCUGCAGUCUCUCAGUACGCCCAUGGUACAAAUGGAAUCAGAACAAUUCCUACAAACUGAUACAGUACUUUGUUAUUCUAUUCCAACUCAUGCAGAUUUUCUGAUAGCUUAUAGCACAGUCCAAGAUUUCGCUGCCUUCAAGAAUCCAUCAAGCGGCUCAUGGUACAUGCAAUCCUUAUGCGACGUUUUGCUUGAACAUGGAACAACGAUGGAUUUGAUGAACAUGCUAACUAUAACAGCGCGAAAGGUUGCUACGGAAUAUGCUUCCGUUCAUGUCGAUGAUAAAUUGCGUAACAAGAAGCAGAUACCAUCAGUGACGUCGAUGCUAAUCAGAUUGGUUUACUUCCCAAAAAAAUCAGUGACAGACUCAGGAAAAAAUAACAAAUAACAGACGUCUUCUAUUGGAUGCCAUCGGCAUCAAUUCGAUUUAUUAUAUUCUCCCUUGAAGAUGAGCACAAAUUCAUUUUGGAGUACAAACUGCAAAACAUUUUCUGGAAUUAGGAUAUGGAUUUUGACGUAUGCGGAUGACAUUGCACUAAUGACAAAUAAUGAAGAAGCGAUAUUAGAUAUGAUAGAAACUUUUAAGAAAUUUUUGAAAGAUAGGAAAAUUUGAAGUUAUGCGCAGACGAAACUAAGAUGCUGGUAUUUAAUAGAAAAGAAAAAGGAAGGAAAGAAAAGUGGACUUAAAAUUCUAAAAAAGACAGCUCCUAAAAAUAUACCGACAACAAUAUAAUUUU